AUGAGAGAUCCAGUUUUUACAGGGACUGCGAUGGCUUACCACCCUUUCCACGCUCACCGGCCGACCGACUUUCCCAUGUCAGCUUUUCUCGCGGCCGCGCAACCCUCCUUCUUCCCGGCGCUGACCUUGCCUCCCGGGGCUCUCACAAAGCCGAUCCCGGACCAUGCCCUCGCCGGAGCCGCGGAGGCUGGGCUCCAUCCGGCUCUGAGUCACCAUCAUCAGGCAGCUCAUCUUCGCAGUCUUAAGAGCCUGGAGCCAGAGGAAGAGGUUGAAGACGAUCCAAAAGUCACACUGGAAGCGAAGGAUCUAUGGGACCAGUUCCACAAAUUUGGAACAGAAAUGGUUAUUACGAAAUCUGGCAGGAGAAUGUUUCCACCUUUUAAAGUCCGCAUCAAUGGACUCGAUAAAAAAGCCAAGUAUAUUCUAUUAAUGGAUAUUGUGGCUGCCGACGACUGCCGCUACAAGUUCCACAACUCUCGCUGGAUGGUCGCGGGGAAGGCCGACCCGGAGAUGCCAAAGCGAAUGUAUAUACAUCCGGAUAGCCCAGCUACUGGGGAACAAUGGAUGGCUAAGCCUGUUGCUUUUCAUAAACUGAAGCUAACCAACAACAUUUCGGACAAACACGGAUUUACCAUCCUGAAUUCAAUGCAUAAAUACCAGCCCAGGUUCCAUAUUGUGAGAGCCAACGAUAUCCUGAAGCUUCCGUACAGCACUUUCAGGACAUAUGUUUUUCCUGAGACCGAUUUUAUUGCUGUCACAGCUUAUCAAAACGACAAGAUAACACAGCUGAAGAUUGACAAUAACCCCUUUGCCAAAGGCUUCAGAGACACAGGGAAUGGAAGAAGGGAAAAAAGGAAACAACUGACCCUUCCAUCAUUACGCAUGUACGAGGAUCAAUGUAAAGUGGACCGUGAUGGCGCGGACUCUGAUGCUUCCUCGAGCGAACCUACAACCGGCAGAGAUGCUGGUCAUUCACCUGGACCGGUUUCCAGCCCACUUAGAUUUAACCGGAACAGCAGAGACGAGAAAACAUGCACUGACAGUGAACAAGAAUUGGACCACCAAGACGAGAGGUGUGGUGGCUCCAGCAGUCCUGGACCAGAGCCUCCGUCUCCAUUCAGGUCGAGAUGUGAGGACCGGGACCGGGGACGGGAGAGGCCUGUUCUGGAGAAGAAAGACGAUUAUCCGGACGCCCGAAAAUCAAGCGAUUCCAUAUUUAGCAUAAGAAACCUGGAGAAAGACAAACUAGAGAACAGGCCGAGGAAAGACACGGACUUGUCAAAGAAGGACACGGAAAACGGUGGUCUUAGCGGCAGUAAAGACAGCUUCUCUCCUCUAAUGGUACAGACAGAGAGUCCUUCACAUUUUGGGGCAGGGCACCUUCAGAGUUUGGCGCUUUCUGGCCUACACAGUCAACAGUUCUUUAACCCACUAAACACCGGACAACCUCUAUUAUUCCACCCCGGACAAUUUGCAAUGGCACCUGGAGCGUUUUCAGCCAUGGGAAUGGGACAUCUAUUGGCUUCAGUAGGAGCUGGCGGCCUGGAGAAUGGAAGCCUGUCGGCCCAGGGAGCUGGGAGCACCCCGAGUGCCUUUCCCUUUCAUCUAUCGCAACACAUGUUUGCCUCUCAGGGCAUUCCGAUGCCAACCUUCGGUGGACUUUUCCCGUACCCCUACACCUACAUGGCCGCGGCAGCUGCAGCGGCCUCCGCCCUUCCCACGAACAGCAACACGGCCUCCUCGCUCUCAAGGAACCCGUUCUUAAGCAGCUCCACCCGCCCUCGUCUGCGAUUCAACCCUUACCAGCUCCCCGUGUCGAUCCCUCAAAGCACAAACCUGCUCACCACCGGAUUGCCAAGCGGCCUAAACCCCUCAUCCGAAUCGUCUAAAUGCGGUAGCAGGGAAGCGAGUCCCGUGCCUGAUCACAAAUCGGGGGCGAGUCAGAGAAACGGCUCACCUAAAACAACAAUGAAGGAAUCCGUCAAUGAACUUAAGAACAUUCAGAGACUAGUGAGCGGCCUAGAGAGUCAGCGGGAGACUUCCUCACCCAGGGAUUCGCCCAAGUGAUCAAGCAUCCCCAAACCUAUCCAGGGCAUGACUUGAAUCGCCAGAGGAUUUUAUUAAGUGGUUCUCUGCUAGAAAUUUGCGCAUGGAUGACUGGAGUGGAAAAAAGCAAACAGCAGUCAACAAGUAACAAUUAAUAAAAGA